CUGCCAGGAGAAGUGAUAAAUGAGACCAAUAAGCUAAGGAAUUAAAACAACAGUGUGUUGGUACAACAGUGAUGUCUUCAUUUUGUCACUUGGUACAUUUUUGCUGGGUUUUUAUGUCUGAUUUCUCUUCAGAUUUUCAUCAUGUGUCCUCGCCGUCCUAUCGCAAAUACAACUUCUCACUUGGGAUUUACAUUAUUGGUGCUGUCAUGAGAUUGUCUGGGCUUUUGAUGUGUGGAGCCAUCAAUCUGGGAUGAAGACACUUCUUAGGGGAGAGCCACCUCUCCUUAAAAUAGUGCCCUGGUUCCUCCAGUGAGACCAGCUGAUACUGGCUUGUCCGUUUUUUGUCUUUUGAACAUUACAGAAGAGUGCUGAUAAGAUUUACAGAGUUCCUCGCUUUACGGGUACAGCUUUGGUCCCAGCCCCACACCUGACGUAAACCAUUUUCUUUGCAAGUGUAUUGCACUUUGCCACAGAUUGGAGCUUCUGUACAAAUCAUGGCCAAGAGAAGGUGGCAGACUAGACUGUGGCUGUGAUGCCCAGCCACAUCUCCAUGGGGAGUGACAGAAUCUGAAAUGCCUCCCUCUGAAAUACCUUGUGCUUCUUCCUGCACAACAGCCAGUUCUAACCUAUCCUUCAUGUGCAAUUUUGAGCGUGCUGGCCAGGCUGGGCUCAUUAUUCCUUUGGUUGAAUAAUGUAGAGCAUUUGCAAUGGAGAUUGACUCUAAUGAUAUAUUUUAAGUGCUUGUCCACAUGGCUGGUUUAAUGCACUCAGUCAUGGAACGCUUUAGAGUUUAUUGCUAAUGGAUGAAUCCUCGAGAAAGCCAGGAUUUUCAGUAAGAUUGACAUUUGGAGUGCAAAAUAGAAAUCUAAUGAAAGUAUUUUGACCAAGGUUUGUAAUUAAGGCUGCAUGAAGUAAAUCUGCACGCACAAUGCCACAGAAGGGCACAGCGCAAGAUGAAGAUGCCCGCUCCACUGUGAACAAGGGAUGAAGGCCAAUGUAUCAGCGUCAGGCCACGGCAGUAUGGAGUAUAAAUGAUACUGUCGCAAAGCUCCAGUCCCAUGGGAAUGAUGCCACUCUAGUAAAUUGCAUUACUUAGACCUGCAGGCAUUGUGUUGGGAUGAGAGGACAGCUGCACAGGCUGUCAGCGUAACACACGGGAGCUGCUGUGCUGCUACUGGCUGCAGGUGUGGAAGCCACCAGUCUGCAUUGUAUGUGCUCUUUUGUAUCCUCAUUUGUUAAUGUGAACAUUUGAGUAAGCAUGUCAUUCCUGCACCAAGGGCUAGAUUACAGCAGGCUCUAGGGCAGUGAAGGUAGAAUAAUUUGUAUCAACUAUUCCUUGUUGACUCUCAUACUACUCCCUGCUGGGUGAUGGUAGGUGUCCAGUAAAAGCUUAACCUUAGCCUGUUUUCUUGCUGAGAGAUGCUGCAGCAUGCACUGCCAGGAUUCAGUUCUCGACUUUGCCUUGAUAGCAUUGUCUCUGUCCCAGAUCUGCCUUAAUAAGGACACGUGUUUUCUAGUCCCUUCUGUCCCUGGCUCGCGCCCACCAUUUCUUCCCUAAGGGAAAUACACUGUCCUGGACGCAGCAUUUCAUUUUGUGAAAGAACUCCAAUUUAAGAACAGUUGAGUCUGGCUUGUGAAGAAAAGACUGGCUUCUGGCUUCUAUUUUCUGCUAUUCCCCAGCACUGACAUGAGCCCCCUUCCCUCUUUGGAUUGCUCUGGUCUUAACCAUCUCUGGGAAGGAAUGAGAUGAGAAUAAUGCCAUCAGUCAUACCUGCUACUUUUGGAUCACAGAAGAUGUGCUGGUCACCUUUGUUCCAUUUGACUUCCAAUGCCAGUUCUUGAAAAUUUCAAGCCAGGAGUAAAUGACUUGAAAUUCAAAAGGAGUCUGGAAAGGAUUCUGAAGCAAUGUCAGUGCUGACCUCCUCAAUUCUGUGUUGUCCUACUUGUGUAGUGAGCUGCAUGGGGGAAACCCUGGAGUCUGCGUUAAUGGCAGGAGUACCCAGAACUCCUGUGGGCUUCAGCGGCUUUUCAGAAACAGGGACACUUGUAGACAGCAGUGACAACAGCAGUGGCUUGAUUUGAUUUUUAUUUUUUUCAAAAAUAAUUCUCAAUAACUGGGUAUGACAGUUUUGUCUUUUGCAUUAUUGUCUAGUGACAGUAUGAAUAUUUAGUAGUAGACUUGGAAAGCCAAGUUGGAAGGUAGACUGGAGAAAACCUGGUUAAUAAUAGCCUGGUUGAUAGUUUUGUUUUCUGCAGAGUUCUUUCACCUUACAGUAUCUUUAAGUUGAUGGCCCUCACGUAACUUCUGACUGUAAGAAGUAUCACAUCGGACGCCUCCAUGCCACAUGCCAAGCCCAACACAGAGAAGCCAUGCCUACAGGAUUUGCCUUAUUCUCUGAAGCCUUACAAUAAGCAAGAGGCCCUUGGCUGGAGGUGGGCAGAGAUGAGAGCUGCUUUGAUAAAUAAAGUUACCCUUUUCAAUAAAGAAUUCCUCCUUUCUUCAUUCACUUCACUUGUGUUACACGCCUUGUGCCCACGUUUUCUCUUCAUCAUGCCAUGGACUGGGAAGUCACACGUGUGUGAGCAUUUGCAACGGGAGUCCAGGCAUGGCUUUUUCUUUCCCCAGUGUCCUGACACGGCAUGCUGCCUGACCGAAUCUUCUCCGUUCUUCUGAACUGAAUCCUGAUGGAAGGGCUUCAGCCACAUGGAGAAGAAAUGGGUGUGAACGGCAUGUCUGUGGAUGAGAAGCCUGACUCCCCCAUGUAUGUGUACGAGUCCACAGUCCACUGCACCAACAUCCUCCUCGGCCUCAAUGACCAGCGCAAAAAGGAUAUUCUCUGUGACGUGACUUUGAUCGUGGAAAGGAAGGAGUUCCGUGCCCACCGGGCCGUGCUGGCCGCGUGCAGUGAAUACUUCUGGCAGGCACUGGUUGGACAGACGAAAAAUGACUUGGUCGUCAGCUUGCCCGAGGAGGUCACAGCCAGGGGCUUUGGGCCGCUGUUACAGUUUGCCUACACCGCCAAGCUGUUACUCAGCAGAGAAAACAUCCGUGAGGUCAUCCGCUGCGCUGAGUUCCUGCGCAUGCACAACCUGGAGGACUCCUGCUUCAGCUUCCUGCAGACCCAGCUCCUGAGCAGCGACGAUGGCCUGUUUGUGUGCCGCAAGGACACUGCGUGUCCACGCCCACACGAAGCCCGUGAGAAUUCAGCUGGGGAAGAGGAGGAGGAGGAAGAAGAAACGAUGGAUUCUGAGACAGCCAAGACGGCUUGCCCCAGGGACCAGAUGCUUCCAGACCCGAUCAGGUUUGAGGCCACUACCACCAUCCCAGGAGCCACGAAGGCAGAAAGGUUGCUGGUCGAGUCUGAUGUAACCACAGACACCAAGGAGCGCUCCGAGAAGGAUGCUCGAACACAGUACCCCAGGUACAAGAAGUACCAGCUUGCAUGUACCAAGAAUGUCUACAAUGCAUCAUCUCACAGUACCUCAGGUUUUGCAAGCACAUUGAGUGAAAACUCUGGCAGCAGCCUCAAGCCUGGGCUGGCCAUGGGGCAGAUCAAAAGCGAGCCACCUAGCGAGGAGAAUGAGGAAGUCACGCUCUGCCUGUCCGGAGAUGAGCCUGACAUCAAGGACAGAGUAGUGGACGUGGAGAUGGAGCGCAAGCAGCCCAGCCCCUCCCCGAUCCCCAGCGUCCCCACCACCAUUGCCGCAGCCACCACCACCACCACAGGAGCCACCACCUGCCUGGACAGGGCCCGGAGCGUGGCCUCACCAUCCUGCUUAAGGUCUCUGUUCGCUAUCACAAAAGGUGUAGAGUUGGCUGGGCUGCCCAGCACAUCUCAGCAGCACUUUGCCAGCCCUUUUGACAAGGGGAUCACUCAGGGUGACCUUAAAACAGACUACGCCCCCUUUGCAGGGAAUUACAGCCAUCCCCCUGCGGGCCCAAAGGACUCGUCAGCUGCCUUUGCCAUGGGGUCGCCCCUCAGGGGCCCUGGCCUGGAGCCCCUGUGCAAGCAGGAGGGCGAGCUGGACCGAAGGAGUGUCAUCUUCUCCUCCAGUGCAUGUGACCAGGGGAGCACCGUGGUACAUCAGUAUUCUGGGGUGAGCAGUUUGGACAAGGAGCUCUCGGAGCCUGUGCCAAAAGGCCUGUGGAUGGGAGCUGGCCAGUCCCUGACCACCUCCCAGGCAUACUCCCACGGUGGGCUGCUGGCUGACCACCUACCAGGAAGGAUGCGGCCCAACACCAGCUGCCCAGUGCCCAUCAAAGUAUGCCCCCGCUCACCUCCACUGGAGACCAGGACCCGAACUUCCAGCUCCUGCUCCUCCUACUCCUAUGCAGAGGACGGCAGCGGGGGCUCACCCUGCAGCCUGCCCCUCUGUGAGUUUUCCUCCUCACCCUGUUCCCAGGGAGCCAGAUUCCCUGCCGCGGACCAUCAGGAGCCAAGCCUGAUGGGAGAUGGGGUGUACAACCAGGUGCGGCCCCAAAUCAAAUGUGAGCAGUCUUAUGGAACCAACUCCAGCGACGAAUCUGGAUCGUUCUCGGAAGCAGACAGUGAGUCGUGUCCUGUGCAGGACAGGGGCCAGGAGGUCAAACUCCCUUUUCCUGUAGACCAGAUCACAGAUCUUCCACGGAACGACUUCCAGAUGAUGAUUAAGAUGCACAAGCUGACCUCAGAGCAAUUAGAGUUCAUCCACGACGUCCGAAGGCGCAGCAAGAACCGCAUCGCAGCCCAGCGCUGCCGCAAGAGGAAGCUGGACUGCAUUCAGAAUUUAGAAUGUGAAAUCCGCAAACUGGUGUGUGAGAAGGAGAAGCUGUUGUCAGAGAGGAAUCAGCUGAAAGCAUGCAUGGGGGAACUGCUGGACAACUUUUCCUGCCUCUCCCAGGAAGUGUGCCGAGACAUCCAGAGCCCCGAGCAGAUCCAGGCCCUGCACCGGUACUGCCCCGUGCUCAGGCCGGUGGAUCUGCCCGCAGCCUCCAGUGUCAGCCCCGCGCCCCUGGCUGUGGUGGAGCAGAGCCUCGCUGCCUCCCAGUGUGCCGUGGGGGAGAGCGCACCACCGCCCUGCUGCUUGGAACCCGGGCCGGCUCCGCCGGGGCCUUCCUGGGGUCCCAGCGCCCCCUCUGAGAACUGUACAGCCAGGGGGAGACUGGAGGCUGCCGACCCGGGAGCCUUCUCCGAGAGAGGCCCUCCCCUGGAACCUAGAAGCCAAACAGUGACCGUGGACUUCUGCCAGGAAAUGACCGACAAAUGUACAACGGACGAACAGCCCAGGAAGGAUUACGCCUCGUGACUCGUGACUCGGCGGCUCCCAGUCCUCAGGGCGGCGGGGGGCCUGCCCCGCAGAGGGGCCUGCCCACUCAUCGGUGGGCUGGAGGAGCCGAGAAGGAAUUCGGUGCACACUACAGCAGCCUCAGCAGCAAUACCGUUCCGAAGUAUUCCCUCCUGCUUGCUGGUGGGAGCGACAGCUAGUUACCUGAUUCACUAUGGUGCUACCCCUUGCCUAGACCAGGAAGGCGACAGUGCCACCACUGUCUGUCUAAGGGUUCAUUUCAGUCUUCACAGGGAUAAACUCUUAACACCUCUAGGACCCACCCACGGAUUUUUUUCUCAGUGGCCCAUGUCACAAAUCCGAUCUCAGGAAUUUCUUCUGAAUGUUCAAUUUUUUUCAUUGAAGACAGCUUCUAUACACAUCAAAGUUUUAUAGCUAGACUGUACAUAUUAUAUAUAAUAUAUAUAAAAUAUAUAUAUCUCCAUAUGCAAAGGUCCUGCAUGCCUCAGUUUUCUCAUCCAGAAACUGGGAAUUUCCCUUCUCAUUUAUACACCAGUUCCAACAUUCCUCUUGUUUUUGUCUCUGAUGCUAGACCUCAUUUGGUAGCUGUUGACAUGGUCAUUUUUUUCCCUUUGCUUCGUGAUUCCAUUUGUACUUAUUUAUGGAUGAAAUUCAAUGUUAGAAGCUUUUUUCAAAGUUUUAUUUCAGGCUUUUUUUUUUUUCGUUUUAUUUUGUUUAGGCACCACCAAAGGGUGUCAUUCGAGCAUUGUGGGUUUGUUUUUUUGGAUUUUUUUUUUCCUCAGAUACUGUACAGUAAUGGUCCACUUUGCCACUUGCACUGAGUUUUGGGUCAAACCUAUUUUUCUGAAAUGAAGUUGUAACUUCGGUAUAACUCAAGUAUACUGUAUAUUCUUUGCUUUUUAGUUAAAAGGUAAAACAUUUUAGCUAAUGAAAAAGCACUCAGGUGAUAAUUAUGUAGGAAAAAAACUUGCCAAAUAACAAAUCCAUCCUCGGAUGUGUAAGACAAUAACCUGCUUGAAUAUUUUUAUAUUUCACCUCCUCCCCACCUAGCCCUAAGUCAAGUUUAAACACAGUUGGAGAGUUCACACUGGAUAGUGGUGUUCAGAUUUCUAAUUGGGGGCAGUUUGGACAUCUCUCUCCAGGGUACAUCAGAACAGCAGCGUCCAUGAUUCUCUACCAGAACUCAGUAGCUACUGGCUCCUGGAAACCAAGUCAGAACAACUUCCCACUUGGGGAGUGGGACCCCUUUCUCUUGGAAGUGUUGGACAGUGGGCCAGCCCCUCUCCCACCCAGGCCAGCCCCUCCCAGGACAUCUCACCCAAUCCCACCCCGUGGGGCCUGCCCUUAAAGAGGCAGCCCGCGGGGUGAAUGCAGCUCUCCCUGGGGAAGGAGAGAAGGAGGGGUGGCCUGAGGCCUGAGCCCCAUGCCUGAGGCAGGUCAGUGCAUUUCUUUCUCCUUUCCUUUCAGUUCUGUUCUGAGGCUUCUCCGCAGCUCUCUUGUCUAAAGCCAGCUUUGGGCUGAGGCUUUGCACAAGAGAGAUCACCAGGAGCCCUCUUCCCCAAACAGCACACCACCACCACCCCCAUCCUCACCUGACGAUCAUUUUCUUCUCUUGCUGCAAAAAAACAGGUUGGCUUGCAACCCGAAAGAGCAGCUUCCCUUGGCUCUGGGGUGGAUGGGGAAGGGCUGGGCUCUGGGCCACGUUUACAGGAAAGUGUGCCCCCCACAAGGAGGAGGCAGCGGCUCCCUCCCUCCAGUGGUCCCAUCUUGCUGUGCAGCCCAAGGGCCGCUCCAGCCUGGCUGUGGAAGACAGUCCUACAAGGUUUGAUGCGGGGUGGGGUGGUGGGCAGUGGGGGUUAGAUGGUUGACUUUGUUUCUUUCUUUGUGCCAUUGUUUGAACAAUAGUAAAGCUGCAUGUAAAAGGGGGACAUUAGUAUACGAUUAGUAGGCGAAAAGUGAAAUCAUAGUAACAUGUUUUAGUAUUAUUAACUCUUUUCUGUACAAAUAUUAGUGCUAAAUGUUUAAAUAUGUAUGAAUGCCAGAAAUUUGUUGGUUCAUGCAAUAGGAUUUGUUUUUGUUUUUGUUUUUUAACAAAAGGCUUUUCUUUUUAAAAAAUAGUUCCACUUGGAAAGCCUGCCUCUGGGUUUUGGUUUGCUCUGCCGUGCGUGCGUGUGUCUGUUUGCGUGCCUGUCUGAGACGGAUGGUGAUAGAGCUCUGUCUCCUGACAGUCGGCUGGUGGAGUCGCUUGGCCUAGUGGAACGGUUCUGUGCUUCCCAGCAAGGUUUGCCAUAGUGAGGAAUUGGUGACAGCUGGGACGAAAGCUUCAUGUGAAGGCUUGUGUUACAGAGGAGUCAGCGGACGGUGUUGUGUUUAUCAACUCUCCUGUUGCCUUUGCGUUUUUAAUUAAAGGAAUGUUUUCUGCUCAGACCAUAACAAGAUCUACACUGGCUGGUUGGCUUGGUGUGCCCUGGUCACCACUCAUCUGGUCCUCUUGGCUACAUCCCAUCCUCUCCUCCCAACCCCCCACCCCCUCACACACACAUACGCACACCUGCUUCUGCUCAAUGACCCAAACCUGUGGCGGCAGCCAAUUGUGAGAGGCCCCAGGUCUCUUGACUUCUCUCCAGCUAAGUCAGCCCUUGUCCUCCUCCCAACAACCCCUGUCUCUUUUUCUUUCUCUCUACCCAGCCCCUUGCCAUUGGAAACUGGUGAACACAUUUCUCUUUCCACUUCUUAGGGAUUAUUACUAAGGCAUUCGUUGGCCACCAGGAACGGUGAUUGGCUUUGUGCAGUUGUCUGUGUGACGUGUCUGUGUCUUGGCCGUUCUGAACCAUGUGCUUGUCAGAAGUGUUUCUGGGUCAUUCAAAGGGAGGACUCACCAGGGACCGGAAUCCAAACUUGCCUCAAGUGAAAUGGAGAGGCCCAGCCUGUUGUCUUUGCCUGGGGUCCCUUAGUGAACCCCAUGCUGUUUCUGAAAAGAGCCUGAUUUUCCAGUAUGGUGACCCACAGCUGUAUUCUCAAAGAUUCUUUCCUUGUCAUGAACUAUUUUGACUGUCCCCAGGAGAGCCUAGGUUGGGUCCCAGCAGCUGGGAUGGGGUAGGUACUGGGGCAGAACCAGUGGCAUUGACCCUGAGACCAGCAAGCUCCCACCUGAAUGUGGUCCCUCCCUUGGAUCUGCCUUUGUCCACUAGGUUCAGAUUGGGCUGGUUGUGAGCAGCCAUGUGCUUCGCUGUGUGUGUUUGCUUUCUCUGCAUCAUCUGGGGUGCCUUGAAUGAAACUGAACUUUGUAACAUGCUGAUUCUGGAACAAAACAGUUAUAAAAAUUUGCUUUACAAGCUGCAGAUUCCCUAGGCCAUCCUGCGACUCCCCUUCUGGGAACCCUAUCAGUGACUCAGGCAUCAGAGGGAUGCUGCCAUGGAAAAUGAUAUUAUAUGUGUCGUGGAAGUAAUUUAUUAACUCUGUCUCUCUAAGGUAUGCUGCUAUGAAGAUACACUAUCAUUUUGGAUAGAAUUCUUAUGUUGCUUUUCCAAGAAAGGAAAAAAAAAAGAGCUAGCUAGUGCUUAGUAUGCCAACUGCCACUUCUCCUUAAAAAAGGAAUUUGGGGACCAGCUAACAGGACUUGCAGGAAAGGGACUGGCUGCAAUUAAACUUGCACAAAGUCAAGUUUGUAUGGCCCAAAGGCCUAGACACACAUCGUCCUUUCUUAAGUCUGGGUUCCCCUUGAAGGGUGAAGGAAAAGAAAAAAAGGUUUGAAAAUAAGAAGCCCUUUAAGAAACCUCAAAGUCCUGUCCCAGGAAGCUGCUCUGCCUGCCACAGAGUCGCAUAAUCCUCCCCAAAUGAACAUAAAGCUUGCAGAGCCUUCUCAAAGCCCCAUUUGGCCACCCCUGUCUGGCUCUACCCCAUUCUAAGUAGGAGCUGAUUUGCAAACAACUUCUGACUGCUUAACUCUUACCUACAGCUUAGGAAACAUCUCAGAUCUAACAGGGAGCAAAAGUCAAGUUUUGUCCUCAGAUUGCUGUAAAUAAACUAAAACACAAGAUCUUUUUUGUUUGUUUUAUUGUCUUUACAAGAAAGAAGAUACAUAUUGUAUCCACAUUUCCCCAAAUGAAAGAUUUCAUUGUUUAAAUCAAGUUCUAGCAAGUCGGUCUAGCAAGUGGGGUUGGAAGCCAUGCAGGACCUUGGUAUGCAUGGAGGCAUUCAGUGCGCAGGACGUAUGUUUAUAAUACUGCCUGAGCCACCUAUGACCCAAGCAUCAAACACUGAUGCUGCAGAGUAGAAUAUAUUGGUCCAUAAAUAGUAUAUGCUAGUGGUAUUUGUACAUAGAGAAACUUAUUGUGGCAGAUUGAGGUUAAAUUAAUCAACUGACAGUGCAAAAAAAAAUUACUUGCAAAGAAAAGUAAGUGUAUAGUAUUUUCCUACACUCCAUCCUGGGAGAUAAUAUUUAUAGCAGAUGAAUAUCAGUGCAUUUCCAUUGUCAUAUGAAAAUGACACUGCCACUUUGUGAAAAAUACCCACAUGGUUGCAGAGGCCAGCUUCCCUCACGUUGUGACUUGGUGUUUGUAGUUCGCCCGCAAACAGUGGGAAAACAACCCUUGACUUUCAUUCCAGUGUAUUGACCUCAGCCAUGAAGCGGUGGCCCUUUGUCGAAGCCCAAGUGCACUGAGACCAUUCAUUUCAGGUAGACCUGCAAUCAGUGCCAAACACUCCCAGUGGGCAUGCUCGGAGCUGUGCAUCAGGAGAGUGGGAAGGGACUCGGACCAAGAAGGGUUUUCCUACAACUGAUGCUAAAUCCUCCACACAAAUGGAUGUGGUGGCAGAGUGGUGACCCUCCCCCCCCCCCACCCACUUGAGUGCUAAGGGAGCAUUCCACAUCCGGCCAAAUAUCGGCUGCCCCAUUGACACUCUUGAUGUGGAAGACCUGGCCCAUCAGGUGAGUCAUCAGGAAAAUUGGGAAUUCUUUGGGGAGCUUCAGGUGCUUGUUAGACACAGUGAGCCAUCGGAGGCAAGUGCCAUCUUUUCUGGUGGGGGCCUGUGAGGGUUUGUUCCAGAACCAGUCUGACUCAAGUGCACCUCUUAUAUAUGCCUUACAGACUCCAGAGGCCAUACUCAAAACAGGGUCUUCUCAGUGUAUGCAAGGGGCCGCAGCCCCUCCUCUCCUCCUCCCCAGGUCGAACAAUACGGACAGUUUUCACACAUAUCUACCUGUAUAACCCUCUGUACCUCUCAUAACUGGUCAACGACUGUAACAGGUUACAUCAGGUGUUUUUCUACAUACUUUUUACACAGAUUCUAUGCGAUUAACGUAACUUAAUACAUCAUUUUAUUGUACUAGUUCUUAGGCUUGUCCUUUUUUUUCUAAGUGAUUGUGGUUUUUCUUGUGGUUUUUAUUGUAAAAAUGAAAUGGCUGUUGAUGCUUCUCUGUAAGAAUUUUUACAUUUGGCGGGGUGGGGGGGAAAGCAUUGCUAUGAACUAAUGAAUUGAAACUUCAUUUACUCAUUGUAAAUACACUAUUGUGCAAAAAAAAAAACAAUUUUCACUCAGUUGAAUUGCUAGUGUUAACUGAAUUUUGUCUAGACACCAUUUCUGUUGAUGAAAUAAAGACAUAUCAUUAUGUAUUAU